AUGGCUCCUUCGAUCAACGACGUCCCCGUUGGCCCAUCGUCGUCCCCUUCCGCCUGCAAAGUAGGCAUUAAUGGCUUCGGCCGUAUAGGUCGCAAUGUGCUCCGCGCAGCCCUAGUCCGCUCCGAUAUCCAAGUCGUCGCCAUCAACCACACCUGCGUCACAAUCGAAGACCUCAUUUACCUCAUCCGCUACGACUCCUCAAUGGGAAACCUCGAUGAGCGAACCGACAUCCAAGCAGUCUCAGAUAGCCUCCUCACCAUCGACGGCAACCGUAUUGCCUUGACAUCGGAACGUGACCUCAAGAAACUCAACUGGUCUGCCCUAGGAGCUGACUAUGUCCUCGAAUGCACGGGCAAAUUCACCAAGCGGGACCUGGCUAUGGAUCACGUCACCUACGGACAGGCAAAGCGCGUUCUCAUUUCCGCGCCUAGCUCGGACUCGCCUACAUUCGUCUACGGAGUCAACUCGGACUCGUAUGAGGCUAGUGAUGCCUGCCGCGUGGUUUCUAAUGCAAGCUGCACUACCAAUUGUGUUACUCCGGUGUUGAAGGUACUUCACGACACCUUUGGUAUCACGCAGGGCUUCCUGACUACCGUGCAUGCUGCUACUCGCUCCCAGCAGGUUCUGGAUGGGUACAGCAAGAAGAACCCCCGUCUGGGACGUGGUGUCUUCAACAACAUCAUCCCCACAACAACGGGCGCUGCCAAAGCCGUCGCUUCUGUGCUGCCCGAGUUGAGAGGCAAAGUGACCGGCGUGUCAAUCCGCGUCCCAACGCCUAAUGUCUCGAUGAUCGACCUUACCAUCAGCACGGAAAAGCCAACCUCCCUCUCCGAAAUCAUCUCUGCCUUCAGAGUCGCCGCCAAGUCUAGCAUGGCCGGCGUGUUGAAGGUGACAGAUGAGGAGCUCGUGAGCACCGAUUACAACGGAAGCCCCUACAGUGCCAUCAUUGAUGCGCCUGCCAGCGCGGAGCUCAAUCCUCAGUUCUUCAAAAUCAUUGCUUGGUACGACAAUGAAUGGGGCUACUCGAACCGUCUGCUGGAUUUGACGACAUUGGUGCACGCCCAGGAGGCUUCUUGA